AUGACUAACGACGUCGACCUCGAAAAGCAAAACACAAUCACCAGCCAAAACAACAAUGGCUCCCCCAACCUCUCCCACCAAGAAACCGCCUCCUCCACCCACGACUACGGCCGUUACGGGCCCUUAGCCCAAGUCAACACUGCCUCCACCCGUGUCCCCGCCUUCGGUGGUGAACUGCAGCCGGGUCUCUACAAAUCCCCUACGGACCGCAAGGUCGCGAACCCCGCGCCAUUGGGCCUCUGUGGUUUCGCGCUUACCACGUUCCUGCUGGGGUUGAUUCAGAUGCAGGUGAAGGAUAUUAUGUUGCCGAAUAUUGUUGUUGGGCCGGCGUUGGCGUAUGGAGGAUUGGUGCAGCUUUGUGCGGGCAUGUGGGAAAUGGGAAUUGGUAACACAUUUGGUGCCACUGUGCUCUCGUCAUAUGGUGGAUUCUGGAUCUCCAUCGCGAUCACUUUCAUCCCCGGUGGAUUUGAGAUCAUGCCUACGCUUGAGAAAGCAGGUGGCGGUACGACCGCGAUGUUCUACGACUCUUUCGCUUUGUUCCUCUGGGUUAGCCCUUCCCCUCCCUCCACUCCCUCCAAAACCGCACCUAACAAAUGCAUGCAGGGCUGGUUCAUCUUCACAACAAUAAUAACCUUCCUAACCAUCCGCUCCACUCUCGCCUUCUUCUCGCUCUUCCUCUUCGUCGAUCUCGCUAUCCUCCUCCUUGCAGUCGCCUACAUGUACCGCGACCCUGCAGGCAUGCCGCACGCACAACUCCAAAAGGCAGGCGGAUUUUUUGCGCUGCUAGGAGCCUUUUUGGCGUGGUAUAAUGCGUUUGCGGGAUUGGCGGAUAAUACAAAUAGUUUCUUUGUUGUGCCGGUCGUGCACUUUCCUUGGAGUGAGAAGGGGAGGCAAGGAAGGAAGUCGGAGUAA